AUGGCAGAUGAAGUCAAGUGCGACGGAAUCGUUGACCAAGCUGAUCGCAAUAGCGACACCACUGCCAACGACAGCACCAUCAGAAUGGAUAACCACAAGGAAGAGGAAGAUACUGGAAGUGAAAACGGACCGAGUGGUCAGGAGGAAACUGCGAUAGACGCUAUUGACUGCUGCAUCUGUCAGGACCAAGUGCAGGCUACGAAACAAGGCCAUUUGUCUCACUGUGAGCACGACCACUUUCACUUUGACUGUAUCAUAGCGUGGGCUAAGGUCACGAAUCUCUGUCCUCUGUGCAAGACCAAGUUUAACGUGAUCACUCGACGGGAUGCAAGCGGGAUAGAAGUACAUCGGCAAGUAGUUAAGGACGCGAAGCAAGUGUAUCGACCUGAUCCUUUGGACGACGAUCUUGCAGCUCAAUUGAGACUUGUACAUGAAGCUCGGUGUGAACUUUGCGGCUCUGGGGAUGACGAGCACGUGUUGCUGCUAUGUGAUGCCGUAGGAUGUGGCGUAGCUAAUCACACGUACUGCAUUGGACUACGCGAAGUGCCAAACACAUCGUGGUAUUGCUCAAGACAUGCCACAACACAGCUGAGAGCGAGUGAUGCUAUUCGACGACCUGCGACGACAGUGACGACUCGUCGCCGGACGCGGAGGUUAGCGAGCUUGAUGUCAAAUGUGCUCCGUGAACGGAGCGGACCAGUGAUGACAAGACCUCGUUCAAGGAGAACGUCCGGCUUUGGUGAUGCAGAUGAAGAUGAAGACAGACGGCCCAUGGGAGGGAUUGCUGCAGCAUAUGCUGUAAGAAUGUCGCAAGAGCUGAUGCAGGUGCAACAGCGGGCGGACGCGAUGUUUGCGCGCGGUGACUUGACGCCAUCUUCAUUAUACGAGCACAGAGAUCGUUCUGCGCCGAGUGGUGCUCAGUACCAAACGAGGUCAACUAUAGCUGCAUCGGGGCCAUCGACAAUCGACCGGAUGUGGGACGAGAACAGUCGAAGCAGACAAGAAGCAGUAGCAGCAGCGAUCGCAGCGCGUGAUCAUGGCUUGCUUGGUGGCAACGGGGGUAGCAUUCGACUGGGUCAGCGGUCUGGUAUAGUGUCCGAUACAUUUGCCGCGGAGUAUUGCGCGCUUGCAAAGCUGAUGGAGGGUGCCGUAAGCAGUGACAAUUAUGCAUCAUCCGUAUCAUUGUUGAUACCAAGGACGGCCAAGUUGGGAUUGGUGUCUCGCGUCAAAACCUUUUUCAACCGGCAGAACGAAAAGGAAAAGGCUGCUGCAGUUGAAUUAGGCUGCUUGCCGAUUUUGCAUCAGUGGAUACGCGUGCCAGUGCGGGAUGGCGACACAACGGCACCCUGCUUCAAUCCUCAGGUACUUCAUGCAGUGCUAGCCAUCCUGGAAACAUUGCCAGUACGAAGGGAAGAUCUUGUAGAGGAGGAAGGGUUACAAGAUACGAUGGACAGGCUUUCAGAGCUUUCGGAUGUCAGCAUCGAAACACGGCAACGAAUAAUUGCGCUGGGCGAUCGUUGGCGCAAGCUGAAUCCUCCAGCAUUGAAUACAUCGCCACGACCUCAAGUGAGCCGGCGUGUUUCGUCUCCUGUUCAUGUGACGCACGAUUUGCCUGUUAUCGCUUCAUUCGCCUCACGCCAGCGGCCGGUACCAGCGAACGGCAAACGAAAGCGUGAUGCUUGGUCCGAUGCUGUCGUUGAGUACGUGAAGGCCAAGCUAUACCCCCUGUACAAACAGAACGCUGGCGCUGGCAAGCUGACGCGGGAACGAUUUAAGGCGAUCGUAAAGGACGUGGCUAAUCUGUUUUCCCAAGAGGCAUCAUCAAUGCAGUCUGCGGUGCUGCUACCUUCCGGUGAGCUAUCCAAUCUUGCAAAAUCGCGCGUGAAGAAGCUCAUUGACAGAGUGUACAAGGAAUCCAUUAACAGAGCUUCUGCUCCGUACCCCGCUGCUUCAGCACCCUUACUAUCGAGUGUAUCUGGGCUAGCUUCAGCGUACUCUGCAGUGCCAUCCAUCAAGCCCCAACGCCGAGUAUGA